AUGACUGCUUCUGCUUCAGUACCAAAUGAGAGAAGUUUUAGUAAUGAUGUCACUGACCCAAUGCAAAAUAUCAAUAUGUUUGACAAAGUACAGUUAACGAAAUUACUAAUUCACACAUUAAGAGAGUUAGGAUAUGAUGAGUCUGCUAUAAAAUUACAAGAAGAAAGUGGUGGAAUACAGGUUGAGUCAUCCAUUGUCCAGAAUCUUCUCAAAUGGAUACGUGCUGGGUCUUACCAUUAUAUAUCAUUCGUCGAAUUAGCACAGCUACCCUUACAAAAUGGCCGACUAACAGAUGAUCAGAGAAUGGCAGAACUAGUAGCACAUUAUCAAUCAUUUGAAUCCAAUGAUGCUGGCUAUUCUGAAGCUAAAAAUUCAAUGAAAAUUGAAAACGUGAUUACAACCCCGAUUAAUACUAGCAGGACUAUAGAUCGAAUGAGUACAAACUUAGAACAAUUUAAUGAUGCAAUUGCACAGAUACAAACAUUAAACUUAUCGUCCAUCAACAUAGAACGCAUCCGAGCAGUUUUAGAAAUUUCAAUACUGAUCUGCAGACAAGUAUUCCUUGAGCUCAUAUUUGAGAAUAAAGAUUUUCACACAGCCUUAAUUUUGCUUAGAGGUACUAUAAGAAGAUAUACUGAAGUAUGGGAUAGUAUUGAUCCGAAGAUUGAAGGGCUUCAGGAUGAACAGCAAACUUUUGCACCAGAAAUUAUUCUUAAAGACAUGUCUUCAUUAAUAACAUGCCCAAAUGAAUCAAUUAUAACUGGACUAUGGCCAAACUCGCUAACUAAAAGCCGCGAAAAUCUUAUUCAGACAAUCUCAAACUACAUUAACCCCAAUGAUCUUGUCCCUAAGGGAAGACUUUUGACGCUUCUGAGACAAGCUGUGAAAUAUCAACGUUCAAAGGACGUUUUUAAUUUUUCAGAUCAAGAAGUUAGUAACGGUAUCGAAAUGGAAGACAUAAGUGCUUCGAAAGAGUUGAAUAAAUACAACCUGUUACAAGACAAUACUAGUAACUUCCAAAAAAUUGCGUUUGAAAAUGAGAAAACCUUGACUCAACACUCCGAUGAAGUAUGGUAUCUACAAUUCUCACCAGACGGAAGAUACCUGGCUAGUGUUUCUGCGGAUGCUACGACUGAUAGAAAAAUAUACAUUUACGAUGUGCAGAACGACUUCCAAGUAUACAAAAUAUUAUCAGGAAAUUCCCAAUGCAUUCUUUAUCUAUCCUUUUCUCCGGAUAGUAAACUUUUGGUGUCAUGUCCCUUUAAUGCCAUCGUAAAUAUCUACUCGAUUCAUGCGGAAGGGGAACCUAUUGACAUUAAUCCAGAAUCUGAUAAUAAAAUCGUAGCUGAGGUAAUUAAACCCAUUGAUUCUUUUUAUGUUUUACCCGGCAAAGAGUUUAAAAGAAAUCGCUCUGAUUCAAAUAAUUCAAUGGAUGGUGCCUCUCGAGAUGUUCCAUCAAAUCAAAAUAGGCCUCAAGAUCUAAUGGCCACAAUGGAAUCAGGUUCUCCAUUAGAGCCUAGAUCAAGAAGUGACUCUCCUUCUCGUCACUCCAUUAACCCAGUAAGGAUAUGGUGUUGUGACUGGUUUCAUACGGAAAGGCAUAGUGGUAAAUUUGUAGUUGGGUCACCGGACAGGGAAGUUGCUAUAUAUGACACGAACUCUUCUUCAGUAGUAUUCUGCUUUUCUCAGAAUACAGUUAUCCCAAGCAGUAUAGCAUUACAACAAAAUAUACUUGGAUCUAGUCCAAUAUCAGGAGGAAAUGCGUUGAAUAAUAUAACCAGGCGCGACUCUACCUUUAGUAAUAAUGAAAUAUUUCCAAGAGUUCAUGAUAUAAAGAUCAGCAACGAUGACAACUCCCUUAUAUUAAUGACGCACCAGGGUAAGAUUGACGUAUACGAUAUUUCCAGAUUACCAAGUAAUAAUGAUAAUUACUUUGAUAUCAUGGCUGAGUAUGAGAAAACAAUCAUACCCUUAGCAAGCCGUCUAAAUGUCGAAAAAAAUAUGACAUGUAUAUCCAUUCCUAAACCAGGUUCAUUUUAUGAUCCGGCCUUAGAUUCCCUUUUACUUGUAAACUUACAAUCGAGUGAAAUACAAUUAUGGAAUUAUAGGGAAAAUAUACUGAUCCAGAAAUACUUUGGUCAGAAACAGGAACAAUUUAUUAUUAGAUCGUGCUUCGGAUUUGAAAAUAAGCUUGUAGCAAGUGGUUCAGAAGACGGCAAAGUAUACAUAUGGGAUAGAGUGAGGGGAAAUAUUUUGGGUGUUUUAAAAGCACAUGUUAAUGACAAACCAGCACAGUCCAAUGGAAACAUCAAUUCUAAUAACAACAAAAAGAAUGGUAAGAAUUGUAAUACUGUUGUUUGGAACCCAGCUGAUCAUAACAUGUUUGCAUCUGGAGGUGACGAUGGAUUUAUUAAAGUUUGGAAAUUAGUUAAAGACUAA